ACGGGACGCUGGCUGGCGUGCGGGCUCGCGUCGCGGCUGUGCCUGGCUCUCUGGCGAGCUGCGCUGCGACCCGGGCUGCAGGCGUUUGUCCGACCUCCCCGUCCCGCUGGGUGAGGCCGGGCCCGCGGCGGGGCGCCGGCGAGGGUGCCGCCGGCCGGCCGCUGGUGGUGCCGCGUGCUUCAUGCGUCCGGAGCCCGCCCCGCCCCCGAGAAGCAGCAGCCCGGAGCUUCCCCUUGGUGGCAGCGGGAGCCGCCGGAGCGGUCGCCACAGCGGGGACGGGGAGCCCCCGGGGUCCCCGCCGCAGCCCGCCGUCGGCUACCCGGACUGGGUAGGCCAGAGCUACUCCGAGGUGAUGAGUCUCAACGAGCACUCGAUGCAGGCGCUGUCCUGGCGCAAGCUGUACUUGAGCCGCGCCAAGCUCAAAGCCUCCAGCCGGACCUCGGCGCUGCUCUCCGGCUUCGCCAUGGUGGCCAUGGUGGAGGUGCAGCUGGAUGCGGACCAUGACUACCCGCCAGGGCUGCUUAUCGCCUUCAGCGCCUGCACCACGGUGCUGGUGGCCGUGCACCUGUUCGCACUCAUGAUCAGCACCUGCAUCCUGCCCAACAUUGAGGCGGUGAGCAAUGUGCACAACCUCAACUCGGUGAAGGAGUCACCACACGAGCGCAUGCAUCGCCACAUCGAGCUGGCCUGGGCCUUCUCCACCGUCAUCGGCACGCUGCUCUUCCUGGCCGAGGUCGUGCUGCUCUGCUGGGUUAAGUUCCUGCCUCUCAAGAAGCAGCCGGGCCUGCCGUGCCCCACCAGCAAGCCGCCCGCAGGUGAGGCGGCUGCCAACACCAGCAGCAGCGGCAUCACGCCAGGUCAGGCAGCGGCCAUCGCCUCCACCACCAUCAUGGUGCCCUUCGGCCUGGUCUUCAUCGUCUUCGCCGUGCACUUCUACCGCUCGCUAGUCAGCCACAAGACGGACCGACAGUUCCAGGAGCUCAACGAGCUGGCGGAGUUCGCACGCCUGCAGGAUCAGCUGGACCACAGAGGGGACCACCCGCUGACACCCGGCAGCCACUAUGCCUGAGCCCCCCGGGCCGGGAGCCUGGGCCUCAACGCCCUUCCUUCUAGUGGCCUCGACCUGCGCCAGCUCAGGGGCAGCCUGUGUGAGCCAGGGCUUCGCAGGCACAGAGUGACAGGAAGAGGCUUUUAGAAAAACGACUGCACCUUGAGACUUUGCUUGGAGAGAAUAAGCACUUCCUGUUCUUCCAGCUCCAGGGAGGAAGUGGUGGGGGCAGAGUGAGGACAGAUGCUCUCUGUCCCCUUCCUCCACCCCUGUGCCAGUGCCACCCAGACACUUCCGUUCCCACCUCCCUCCCCAUUUGGUGUCGAGCGUGUGCGUGUGUGUGCACGCGUGAACACAGAAAUAUACUCCUAAGGGACACCUCC